CUGAUAGUUGGAUUAAUUUUGGAAAUUUCCGUUGGUCACUUCACUUCGUCCCACACAAAAAGCACAACCUCAGAAAAGUACCAAAACCAGAAAUCUGACAUCAGCAGCACCCACCCACCCAAAAUCAUCAGCAUCACAAAUAUUAAUCAUAAUAUUCUCAUUAUCUCUCUAUUCUACUCUACUUCACUAGAUGCCAUUGCUCUCUUCCACAAAAGCUUUCCUCCUCUUCCCUCGCAUCAUGUCAUCACACUUAACCCCCAAAACGCGCCUCCGAGGCGUCGUUUUCGACAUGGACGGCACACUCACCGUUCCCGUCAUCGAUUUCCCUUCCAUGUACAAAGCUGUACUCGGCGACGAUGAGUAUCUACGCGUCAAAGCCUCAAACCCUGUUGGAAUCGAUAUCUUGAAACUCAUUGAUCAUUGGUCUCCUCUUCAACAACGCCAAGCCUAUGAUACAAUUGCUCAUUUUGAAAAACAGGCUCUCGAUCACCUCCAAAUCAUGCCUGGUGCUGCUGACCUUUGUAAUGUUCUUGAUUCCAAGAAAAUUAGGAGGGGUUUGAUUACAAGGAAUAUGAAAUCUGCUGUUGAUUUAUUCCACCAACGCUUUGGGAUUACAUUUUCUCCCGCAUUAAGCAGGGAAUUUCGUCCUUAUAAACCUGAUCCAGCUCCACUUCUGCAUAUCUGUUCUCUUUGGGAAGUUCAACCAAAUGAAGUAAUAAUGGUUGGGGAUAGCCUUAAAGAUGAUAUUGCUUGUGGAGGGCGAGCCGGAGCACAUACAUGUCUGCUUGAUCAAACUGGAAGGUAUGAUUCUCCCGAAUAUGCUAAUGUCGAUUUCAAACCAGAUUUCAAGGUAACUUCCCUCGCUGAAGUUUACUCAAUUCUUGAGACAAAUUUUGAAUUGUCACCAUGAUCUCAAGUUUUGUUCACGUGAACCAUUUAUUUUGUGGUUUAUGAUAUAAGAAUCUGGAGGAGGUGACAUCUACAUUUGGGGGUAGUUUUAUUCCUCACCUCAUGUAAGGUCAUGAAAAAAAGUCCUUGACAUUUUUUGGUUGGAGGGUUUCAUAGGUGGGAUCUUUUAUAAUAAUGUUGUAACAUAUCUUGAACAGUUAAUGCUGAGUUUUAUUGACUUCUUAGGGCAUGAAUGUCACAAAAUAGUGGUAACUUUUGAAAAUUAAUGUCUAUUGUAUUGUAAACAAUGUUACCGAUCACUAGUUUCUUUGGACCCCGCGGGAUUCUAUUUUAGAUUUUGUAACUUAAUUCAUCAGGCUCGUUUGACACGA